AUGGAGGAGCUGUGGAAGGACAUGUCGCUGUGCUCCACCCCGCUCGCGCUACAGUCCUACCACCUCCACUCCCCGGCCGCCGCUCCCUACCGCGGCGCCGCCCACCCGCAGGACUACCUCGCCGGCGCCGUUCCGCAGCCUCCCCGCACGCCGCCGCCUCACACGGCGCUCACCCUGGAGUUCACCUGCCCCGGCGGGACCGGCGCUGCCAACCCGGCCAUCAGCUCCGGCGACGACCCAGCCGGCUGUCACUUUGGCUUCUCCGCGUCCGGAGGCACCAGCAAGAGAGCCGCUGUGCAGCCAGUGGCGGGCGGCGACCGGCGGCAACGCCGGAUGAUCAAGAACCGGGAGUCGGCGGCGCGGUCGCGAGCGCGGAAACAGGCCUGCACCAACGAGAUGGAGCUGGAGCUGGCGCAGCUGCGCCGGGAGAACAGGAUGCUCAUCCAGCGCGAGCAGGACUUCAUCAACGAUCGUUUGGCGAAGGCGGCGCAGGCACCCGUCCCCGACUGCAGCAGCGGCAGCACUACUAGUACCCUCCAGCAGAAGCAGCAGCGGCAGAAGAGGUGCCGCUCCGCCCCUGCGCCAUGA